UCAAUAGCUCCCCUGGCCUAUAUAAAUGCCCAAACUUUUAUUGCUGUCUUUUUGUUUCCUCACAACGCAGGAGAAUGUUUUCUGUAGGAUUCAGUUUGUUUCUAACAGCUGUCCUGGCACAGUCCAUGCUUGCAGUAUGUGGCCAGGAAAUCUGUCGACAAAACAACUGGGCUGUUGGGACACACCCACACCCCACAGACUGCAGACAAUUCGUGGAGUGUAAUGGGUUCCUUACGACAAUUUAUAUGUGUCCGGUAGGAGAGACCUUUGACCCCAUCCGGAACAAAUGCUGGAAUGCCUCCACAGCUGCUCCUUGCAACGACCACGGCUCCACAGUUGCCCCUGUUACACCGGGAACUAGCCAGUGUACCACUAAAGCCAAAGGGGACGUUCUAUUUAUCCUGGACUCAUCCUCCAGCAUUGGUUACGGUAAUUACACGUACCUGCUUCAGUUUGUAGCCAGCUUGGCCAGUUCCUUCUCCUUGGGGCCUGAUCUAGUUCAGUUUAGCGUAGUCGUCUUCGCCUCCUUCGCUGAGAGUGCCUUCCCCUUUAAUCGCUACUACAAUAAGACAGCACUACAACAGGCCAUUCUAAACAUUCCGUAUGUAGCAGCAGGAACGAACACUUACGAUGCACUGCAGUUCGCCAGGACCAUUGCGUUUUCAGCCUCGCACGGCUCUCGGGCAGACGUAGCCCACGUCGCCAUUGUAGUGACUGACGGACUGUCCAGCGACACCAACAGAACGAAACACGAGGCGGAGCUGCUGAAAGGGACAGGGGUGCACGUGUUAUCGGUAGGUGUCGGCGACUUCAACAGCGUGGAGCUGGAGGGUAUGGCUUCAGGCCUCAACAAUGUCUUCAGAGUUGGAAGCUACGAAGUUUUAAACACAAUUGAACAAGACAUCACCGUAAAGACAUGCAAUGAAGUGGUUCAGACGACUUGCAAGAACCUCACCCAGGCGGACAUCAUCUUUGUGCUGGACGGCUCCAGCAGCAUCGGCUACCAGGACUUUGAAAAGCAGCUUCAGUUCACUGCAAACCUUACCAAAAAUUUUAGACUGGGCCCCAACGACGUCAGGUUUGGGGCGCUGACUUUUGGAACCAGCGUGCAAAAGCUGUUUGACCUCGGGACCUACAACGACCACGGAUCACUGGAACAGGCCAUCCAGGGCGCUAUGUACCUGUCCAGUAGCACCAACACUGCAGCUGCUCUCGCCUACAUUCUCACCUACAACAUGUUCGGUGCAGCAGCAGGUGGAAGAGAUGGUGCCACAAAGAUUGUUAUAGUUCUGACCGAUGGCCAGUCGAGUUCUCCCUCGGAAACCGUGGUUCAAGCUGGACACAUUAAAGACAGAGGCUAUCACAUGAUCUCCAUUGGCGUGGGAGCGAACGUUGACCAGCAGGAGCUUGUUAUCCUAGCCAGUAAUCAGGCCAACAUCUUCCUAGCCACCAGCUAUGACGUACUGCACAGAAUCCAGGAGGAAGUAGCCAACAGAACAUGUGAAAUUCCAAGCGAGGUAACUCAUGGUGACUUGUGGAACGUGUGCGCUGAACAGAACUGGGUCAACGGCAUCCACGCCCACCCCUUUGACUGCACCAAGUUCAUCGAGUGCACAUUUCUGCACACCGCCAUUAUGACCUGCCCGCCGCCCCUGGUCUACGACCCACUCAAACAGACCUGCUUGCACAAAGAAGAUGCUAUCCCUUGUGAAGACUACUCUGACUACAAUCCUUUCCCGACCCUCACCACGCAGGUGCCCCAAAAACCACCAACUGUAGAUGUGUCCAGCGUGUGUCGCAACAACAACUGGCUGAACGGAACUCAUCCCCACCCCUCUGACUGCUCCUACUACCUUGUAUGCAUCAACUACGUCACACACCCCAACAAGUGCCCAGACCACACGGUCUUCGAUCCCAUCACCCGAAGCUGCAUGAGCCCCGCCCUUGCUGCUCCAUGCAAUGACCACGUGACCUCAGCCUCAGUCACGUCACCUGUCAACGUCGCCACGACAACGUCUCCACAUUACAAUUUGCAAAUGGUUUGCUUGCAGUUCAACCUCCAGGAUGGCAUCUACCCUGAUCCAGGAAGCUGCUACCAUUUUGUGGAGUGUGUGGCCGGAAUCACCUACCACCUGAUUUGCCCCGAGGGUCUGCAGUUCAACGCUAAGAAACUUGUCUGCGAUGAUGUUCAUCUCAUCAACUGUAAUGACAACUACAACUUUGCUUUCGAACACGUCAGUUCCGGUUAAUUCCAAGAUGGCUGAGGUUACAGUCAAAACGACAUGUUCAUAAAAUGUGUUCAAUUUGUUUACAUAUAUUUUUUUUUUUUUAUAUACAUUGCCAAAAUUAUUUUUUUUGCUUUAAAAAAGAUGAUCAGUAACUAAGCAUUUAAUUUUGUAUAUGUGCAUUGGCAUCGCUAGGGAGGUACAGGCGGACCACACCAGUUCAUCAGUUGGGGACACCAAAGAUACAAUGUGAAUUUAAUAAAUGAAUCAGUGCACAUUGUACAUUUGAGUACCAAUUGUCAUUAACUCUAUGCAUUUAGGUCAUUAGAUAAAUGCAUGAAGGUAAUUAUGGGAAUAAGUGUCUAAAUUUAUUCGCUAACCGUACCAGAUGACACCAACCCUAGCCACGCCUCUGUGUUAUGUUAAUGUGUUAUGUUACUUACAUGGAAGCAUAGAGCACUGUUUCAUAUUGGCAAUGGAUGUAGAGUAGUAGACAAACAUGGCUGACUUUCAUGGGUCACAAUACCCAGACCAAUACCAAUGUUGUAUUUUAUUUGUACUAAAUAUCUCACUAUUUUAUUCCAUUACAGACAAUGUCUUUGUUAUCAUGGGAAUUUCAUAAACAAAAUACACUAACGGAGGUAAAAAGCUCCAAUAAAUAUUCAUACGUUUA